AUUGAGUAUAAAUCGUUUGUUUAGUAAACGUUAAAUUGAAUAACUUUAUUAAUUAAGUUAAAUUAAUACAUAAAUAAUUUGUUUAAUAUAGGUGAAAAUGAAGUUCCUUAUUAUCUGUACGUUACUAGUGAUGUCUGUGUACGCAUCGCCUUUGCUAUACAAUACUAACCAACAAGGUUCGGGGGACAACGACUACAUGUUCAAGUAUUUUGUAAAAGAGCAGCCGAUUGGAAAUAACUUUGGACACCGUGAGAUGAGAAUAGGCAAUCAAGUGACUGGGAUGUAUUACGUGUUGUUGCCGGAUGGGCGUGUUCAGAAAGUCGAUUAUGUUGCUGAUGAAAAUGGAUACAGACCUACAGUUACAUAUUUGAAUCCUUGAUAUCUUUUACAUUUUAGGUGAAUUACUUAUUUUUAUACAUAUUGUUAAUUCAAUUUUGCCGUAAAAUUUACAUGUAAAUGAAUCUUUGUAGAUUUCAAAACUUGUCAGUGAAAGUUGUCUGUUUUUGUUAUAAAUAAUAUAAAAGGAAACAAAUACAUUUUAUAAAGCGUCUUUUAUUAUUAAAAA